AUGCCAGAGGACACAGACUCAAUAUUUUCAAAAAUUCGGAUUGUAGAUGGAAAUCAAAUCAUAGACAUAGACGAAGAUAUUGACAAGUAUGAUCUUCUCAGCAUGAUGUUUCACAGAGAAUCUGUUUCUCUGGAUACCUCGAGGGCUGUAACAUCAGUAAAGAAUGACAAAAGACGAUACUUUGAAGACACCACAGUUUGCUACAAGUGUGGUGAAGUAGGACAUGUUUCAAGAGACUGCACGCAAGAGCAAGAAAGAAGCUGCAUAUACUGCAGUACUAUGCACAAAGGUAAACCUUGUGACUAUCUAUUGUGUGAUAAUUGCUUCAGACUGGGCCAUGCCUAUCGUUUUUGCAGAGAUAGGCCGCUAGAGCAUAGGCUGUGCAACCUUUGUCCCGCACAGCGCCACUAUGUUGAUGAGUGUCCAAGGAUCUGGCGACGAUACAAGCUUGUGAACAGAAACAGAAUGGCCAAUUUUGUUAUGAGCUGUCCGCUGUGUUUUAGCUCAUCGCACCUCAUGGAUGAUUGCGAAGAAAAGGAUAGGAGAUUUACAAUCUUUACAAGCAACUACUUGAAUGCUAUGGAAAAACCCAAGAGCACAACUAAGUUUGACUAA